AAAUUAUUAAAAAAAGAGAAGACAACAACAGCUAUUUUCAAGCACAAAUUGCAGCGUUUCCUGACAAUGGCACAGUAAGGCCGAUGAGGAAAUCAUCUUGAUUUUUUAACAGCACUGAAAAAGUGAUGGUUCACGAGCAUGCUACAAGAAAUGAAAAUGGUUCAGUUAUACAGAAUGUAGGUUACAUGCAUGUUGCACUGAUGGUCCCAGGUGUGCUUUGAUGUACUUGACUUCUGUUUUCAGUUUCAGAUCAACCUAUGUGUAAGUAACAUGAAAUUUCAAGGUUGCUCUCAUGCAUUAUGUAACACCAUGUGUGUCAGCAUCUUUACAGUUCAUACAGCUCUUUUUAUCUACUUGUUUCAUUUGACUUUUCACCAAGAGUCAGUAGUAAUUUAAUACGCUGUUCUCCAUAUCAAAAGGUUCCCAUGAAAUGUGAAACUGUAACACAGCAACAAGGUGCAGAGUAAAAUGCUCAAUUAUCACUAAAAGUGUGCUUGAUAAUUGGCUCAUUAGUGUUAACAGUGCAUGAAUGUUUCAUAAUAGUGUGUAUUAAAAUUAAGCAAAUUAUUCCUAUACCAGAAGAGAAAAAACAAAACAAUAACAGAAAUGGUAUCCCAGUCCACCCAAAACUUUGUCCUGACCAAUAUGAAUUCAAAGGACAGCUCUGAACAAAUAUGAAUAUUUGUUGCUAUGUUCAGAAUGGAAUAUUAAUGUGCAACUUAUUGCACAGUACAUACUGUAUACUAUAGUUUUUUAAAUAUGAAACUAGCAAUAAAUUAACCCCUAUUGUUGUGAAAUGGCAGUGUAGUUCUGUUAACAUUAAUUUCAAGCAUGAUCAAUAUGAUCAUACAAAGAAAUGUUGAAAAAAGUCAUAAAAUAGUCACUAAAUCAUUCAUUCAUCACACUGGAAAUAAAAGGUGGAAUCAAGUGCACUGCAUUAUGGGAUACAGUAUUUCACUGUAUACUCCACAUUUAUGUAUCCCAUUCAUACAGAAUAGUUGCAUAAUAGGCACAGUAUACAGACUUCAUGCCACAAAAACAGCAUGGUUAUAUGCCAUUCUGAAUGCAUUCCUCUUGUCUUUGUGUUUACUAUAGUUGCAUUAGUGAAAAAAGCUCUGUAAUUUUAUAGCACUGUGAUGAUAAUGGUACUGAUGACAAAUAAUGGUACUGUGAUGCCUCCUGGGAUCAUAUUAGUGUCAGUUUAGGAUUAUAUAAGCCCAAAAAUGAUCCUGUUGCAUGUAUCUGUGUUUUAUCACAGAACAGCCAUCUGACAUCACCUGUCAGUACAUCCGAAACCAGUCUGGCUAAUGACCCUGUUCUGUGGCAAGGACCGUAUACGAGGAUCUUGUCACUAUGAGUCACUUUAACAAAGUGGCGUUCAGGUUUUACAUAGCCAAGCCACUCUUGUCUGCUGUCAUUGAUGCUCUGUGAAAAACAACAGCGCAGAGAUUGUGACGCAGGUCGAUCAGUACAGUGAGGGACAGAGAGGGAGAGAGAGGAAAAAGAUUUCUGUGCCGUGGAAUUACUAACUGGCUCCCCCACACUCUAGUAAACAGCUGCCUGUACCUAAUUAGCGUUUCGAACUGAAUGUCUACUCUGUGUGUGGGCUCCAGUCUAAAAAACACACUCACUGUUAUGGCCAGCUGACGCAUUUACCUAAUAGCAACUAUGCUGUUUGUGUGACUGUGGCUUCCUUUCUUUUCUCUACAUGCCCCACAAUUCCUGACCAGUUUUCCUGAAGUAUACUCUGGGCCUGGGCUGUUGUUCACAGCUGAAAUAAGAAACAGAGGAAGCAGAACAACAAACAAACUACUAGAAAUGCAACAACAGUGUUGAUGAGCACUUGUGUGGCUUUGUCUGGACGUGUGUCAUUUUAUGUCACAGAGUCCACAUGAACCCCAUGGCGCAGCUAUACUACAACAAAGCCAGUAACUCCCCGUACCGCGAUCGCAUCCCGCUGCAGGUCGUGAGGGCGGAGCUUGAGCUGUCUGCCAAGGAACGAGCCUACCUGACGGCGGUGGAGAAGGGAGACUAUGCUGGAGUUAAACAGGCCCUUGAGGAGGCCGAGAUCUAUUACAACAUCAACGUGAACUGCCUGGACCCACUGGGCCGCAGCGCACUCCUCAUCGCUAUUGAGAAUGAGAACUUAGAGGUGAUGGAGCUGCUGCUAAGUCAUGGUGUGCACAUGGGCGAUGCACUCCUCUACGCCAUCCGCAAGGAGGUGGUGGGAGCGGUGGAGUUACUGUUAUCCUACAAGAAGCCAAGUGGCGAGAAACAGGUUCCUUCUCACAUGAUGGACACACAGUUUUCGGAGUUUACACCCGAUAUCACACCAAUCAUGUUGGCUGCCCACACUAACAACUACGAGAUAAUCAAGCUCCUAGUUCAACGUAAAGUCACCAUCCCACGGCCACACCAGAUCCGCUGUGACUGCGUGGAGUGUGUAUCGAGCUCCGAAGUGGACAGCCUGCGGCACUCCCGUUCACGUCUAAACAUCUACAAAACACUUGCCAGCCCCUCUCUCAUCGCCCUUUCCAGCGAAGAUCCCAUCCUCACAGCGUUCAGGCUGGGCUGGGAGCUGAAGGAGCUCAGUAAGGUGGAGAACGAGUUCCGGCAGGAGUAUGAGGAGCUGUCACAGCAGUGCAAACUUUUUGCUAAAGACUUGCUGGAUCAGGCCCGUAGCUCCUGUGAGCUGGAGACCAUCCUCAACCAUCGGGAUGACCACAGCGAGGAGCUUGACCCCCAUGAGUGCAGAGACCUGGCCAAGCUCAAACUAGCCAUCAAGUACCACCAGAAAGAGUUUGUAGCUCAGCCCAACUGCCAGCAGCUCCUGGCAACACUGUGGUAUGAUGGGUUCCCUGGGUGGAGACGACGUCACUGGGCAAUGAAGCUUGUCACUUGCUUCAUCAUUGGCCUGCUCUUCCCUGUCUUCUCCCUUAUAUACCUUCUGGCUCCAAAGAGCACCCUGGGAACAUUCAUCAAGAAACCUUUCAUCAAGUUCAUCUGCCACACUGCCUCCUACCUGACCUUCCUCUUCCUCCUCCUCCUCACCUCACAGCACAUCGUGCAAACUGACCUGCAUGUACAGGGACCUCCACCCACCAUCGUGGAGUGGAUGAUCUUACCCUGGGUUCUAGGCUUCAUCUGGGCGGAGAUUAAAGAGAUGUGGGAUGGCGGUUUCACAGAGUACAUCCAUGACUGGUGGAACCUUAUGGAUUUUGCGAUGAACUCCCUCUACCUGGCCACUAUAUCUCUUAAAAUGGUGGCCUACUUUAAGUACAACAGCUCUCGUCCUCGUGUGGAGUGGGAGAUGUGGCACCCUACGCUCAUCGCAGAGGCUCUCUUCGCCAUCGCCAACAUCUUCAGCUCGCUGCGUCUCAUCUCUCUGUUCACCGCCAACUCUCACUUGGGCCCACUGCAGAUCUCUCUCGGCCGCAUGCUGCUGGACAUCCUCAAGUUCCUUUUCAUCUACUGUCUGGUGCUGCUGGCCUUCGCCAACGGCCUCAACCAGCUCUACUUCUACUAUGAGACGAAGGCGUCUGAAGAGCCCAACCACUGCAAAGGGAUCCGUUGUGAAAAACAGAACAAUGCCUUCUCUACGCUAUUUGAAACUCUCCAGUCUCUCUUCUGGUCUGUGUUUGGGCUGUUGAAUCUGUACGUUACCAAUGUGAAGGCUCGUCAUGAGUUUACCGAGUUUGUGGGGGCCACCAUGUUCGGAACUUAUAAUGUCAUCUCACUGGUGGUGCUGCUGAACAUGCUCAUCGCCAUGAUGAACAACUCUUACCAACUCAUUGCUGAUCACGCCGACAUUGAGUGGAAAUUUGCUCGUACCAAGCUGUGGAUGAGCUACUUUGAUGAGGGAGGGACGUUACCACCACCCUUCAACAUCAUACCUAGUCCAAAGUCUGUGUGGUACCUGUGUGUGUGGCUGCACUGCCAUCUGUGUGGACAUGGAGAGCCUAGGCAUGAGGACGAGUGUAAACAAGAAAACCUCAAAGAGUUCACGGAAAGGCAUGCCGAUAACUUCAUUCAGAACCAGCACUACCAGGAGGUGAUCAGAAACUUGGUAAAGCGAUAUGUUGCAGCCAUGAUCCGCAGCGCCAAAACAGAUGAAGGGCUGACAGAGGAGAACUUCAAGGAACUUAAGCAGGACAUCUCCAGCUUCCGCUACGAGGUUCUUGACCUGCUGGGCAACCGUAAACCACCGCAGCGCACGUAUUCUUCUAGUAGCGAGGCCACUCAGCAGGACGAAACAGCGGAGUCUGAGGAAGAGGAGGACGAUAAGCUCAGAGGACCAGGAUGUGGGGAUGGGGGAGAGUCAUCUAGAUCUAAAGCAUCUACGUCCUUCUCCCAAUGUUACAGGAGAAACAGAGAGUCCCAGUUCAGCGUAUCGGCUCUCUUUAAGUACAUGUCUGGACCGGUCAGAGGCAGACCGGAAAGCAAUGGCUUGAGGAACAACAUAUCCCACUCCUCUGCAUUUGUGCAGACCAGCAGCCGCCUGCAGCGCUUUUCGUGUUCCAAGAAAAACUCUUUGCAACGCUUGGGAAUGCUAAUGUCUCGUAUGAACGGACACAUCCCUGACCAACAUGCGGAGACCAAGGAAGAUCAGCAGUCCGCAUACAGCAUUUCAGACAGCGUACCACGAACAUCUUGGCACAGUCCCCAGGUAUUGUCAAAGGUAACACAGAGCGAGAUGCACCUGCACACACUGGGACUGGGACCACCAGAGACUGAACAGAACCCAGUGAAGGCCACAUCUCAACGGGCAAAUGGCAGGGACAGUCUCUUCCUCCAGCCGCCCAGCCACUCGCUGCACUGUGCUUCCAGUCUGACCACCUCCAGUGUCCAGCUCCUGGCCUCCAGUGAUUAUCUGUGCCACGACUGGGUGGGACCCUGUGACAGUUUGGGCUCCUCCAGCUGGGAACAGGACGAGUCGGUUACGACACAGCUGUAGAGGCGAAGUCAGCGGAUUAAAGUUUCACAGCUUAAGGCAGGGGUUUCCAACCCUGCUCCUGGAGAGCUACCGUCUGACAGAUUUCAGCUCCAACCCCAAUCGAACACACCUGAACUAGCUAAACAAGGUGUUCAGAGGUACUUGAUAAUUUCAGGCAGGUGUGUUGGAACUGACAUCUGCAGGAUGUAGCUCUCCAGAAGCAGGGUCGGAGUUACCUGGCUUAAGGCGACUAGUUCAAAGCUUCAACAGCAGUGAAGGGCCUAUGACACUCAUACUUCAGCAUCUUUAUGCUUUGCACACAUUGGGCCUUAUUCUCAAAACCUGAGCAGAACGAAUUGUGUAAAAACAUUCGUAAAACAUCAAUGCAAGUGUCUGGUCUACCAUUUAUGUAAUGCCUAACCAAACAAUUUGGAAAAUGUGUUCCUUGAUUGAGGCCACUUGGAAUUUGCAUUCAAAGGUGAAGCAUGUCAUUUCGGUGCGAAAAAAAUAAUAAUAAAAUGCUAUAAAUAUAAAAAAUGCUCAACACUCCCCUUUCUGCCACUGGUUGGAUACUACAAAGUAAAACAAAAUCGCAGGCUGCAUCUGAAAUCAUAUACUUUUCCUUACUAUAUAAUAGACAAAAGGCUCUGAAGUAUGCAUCCAAUGGACACUUUACUAUCCCAUGAGGCCACAGGAGACCAGUGAAGCAACGCAACUGAUGGUAAGGUUGCAUGAACAUAAUACAUCCAGACUGCAUUCAUACUAUACACAUUCGUACUACAUAGAAUGCACUUUUUUAAUGUUUACAAAGUAAUUACGUAUUCAAAGCUAUCAACUCAGAGUAUGUGAUUUUGGAGGCAGCCAUGAUCUAUGCAUAGGUGUAGUAUAAAUAUAAUUCUUACAUAUUAGAUUUACCAUGUUGGCAUUGUCAUGUGACCUACAACAUCAGUCAUUUUGAUUCACCAUUGACGAAUACUCUCACAUGGCCCUAUGGGGUAGUAAAAUGUCUCUGCAAUCUCUGCACACUUCAAAGUGUUAGUAGUAGGCAAUUAUUAUGAAUUCUGCGAAUUUGGAUAGUGAUCAUUUGAUGUACUAUGUUUCGCAUACUAUUAGCAGGGAAGUAAGCACGCCCCGAUGAGGGGACUGUGUUACACUUUUCAGGAUAUCAACCUAUGAAUGUCGUAAGCCACAUUUUCAUUACAGGGAAUAUUCAGAUAAAUAAAAGAUCUGGAAUUCGCCCCCUAGUGGCAGUUGUAAUGAACAUUUACCCUCACCAUGGCGGAAAAUGUAUAAUCAAAUAUAAACAAUAGCUAGAGCUAUGCAUAUAGGGCAAAUGACUACCAAUUUUUUUUUGGAACAGACAAAAAUACAAAUAUUAAAUUAAUAAUUUUAUUCUUUAAUGCAUUUUUACAACUAUUAAGUGUGUAAGAUGUACACUGUACACUGAUUUCAUUAAAUUCAGGUCGGUAUGUUACAUGUGGUCUAAUAUCUCAAGUUCAAAAUUUUUAAUACAUCCAAAGCUUGAAUCUAAUCCAAAAAAUUACACAUCCGCAUAUGAUCCCAUGAGCCUAUGUCUCUCUCCAUAGGAAAUUAAUGAAUUGCAGUCUGUCAGACAUCAUUUGUUAUGUGCAGUGCAAAGGUGGUUUUACUCAUAGUUGACUCUGCAUAUGAAACAUCAAAAGAGAGACACACUUCACCUUUAAAUGUUAACAUAAUAUUGGCUCUGUUUGGCAUCUUCUGUGGCUAUAUUUGAAUUUUUGGUUAUUUUUAUUUGAAUUUUGUGCAAAAUUAUGUCAGGAUAUCAAAAUAUAUAAAAAUCCCAAAGAAAGCAGAACUUUAUACACUUCUGAGCUCUUCAAAAUAUACUUAAGGAUGCAUCGAAGUGACUCUCAGAAUGCACCCUUGUAGCAGGUCUCUCAUACAAAUCCAAUGUAAAAUCCCGAGUUUAUUAUGCAAGGCUUUAAGUUAGCAUUUUAAACAAGACACAUUUACUCUGUAUUACAGACCAUCUGCACCGCAUGCUCCGUUCUGGUGCUGUAACACUCAUUCAUCAAUGCUAGUGCAAUAUUUUUGAAAAGAAGCUUAAACUGCAGACUUGAAGAUCAUGUGUGUACAAUAGAAAGUCUUUUUCGGAAAUCAGAAGUGGAAGUAGAACCAAUAUAUGAAAUAUAUUUGAAACAAUGCAAGUUAUUUACUGAUCUUGAAGUGACAUUAUUGUAUCAGAAGAUACAGGUAACAGGAUGUAGACCUUAAUAUAUAUAUGCAUCUUUGUAAUACACUUAUGUCUGCACUGCACAUAAAUGUUUUUAAAAGGUCACCAAAUGGUUUUAAAUGAAGCUUAAAAUAUGCUACAAAAAUUAUGCAUCUAUGUGACUGGUAAUAGCUUUUCAUUUGUUCUUCACAAAUGUUUUAUAGCAAAUGGUAUUACAUAGUGAGUUGGUUCCUAAAACACAAUGCAUGAUCAAAAAUUUAGAGUUUGUGGAAGCUCAAUACCAGGAGCUACUGUAGAGUUAGUUUCUCUUAUGACUGUCUCUAGUCUCUGAACCCAUCACAAAUAAUAUAUCAGAUCCAUUGUACAAUUUUUGUUGUGGGUUAGUAACCUCUCACUUGUGUUGCUUUAUGAUGGUAUUAAUUAAUGCUGUCAGUUAUCUACAGUAAAUUCUACAAAUUUUCUAAAUGUAUUUUUCUAUUCUUUUUUUGACAUAAGGGGUAUGUUUUUGUUGAAUUUCAUGUAGAAGUUAUGGAUGAAGAUUUUUAUACCUUGAUUUAAAAUAGAAGCUUUAGUGGAUUUCUAUUUCAUUUUUUGUUUGUGGUCACAUGAACUUAAUAAAUCACGUCUGGGAUAACAUUGCUAAUGAUUGAAACUUUUGCUGCUCUUAAAGUCUACAUUUCCCUUGUGUUAUUGUGCAUGUUAUUGAAAAAGUUAAUAAUAUAAUAUUUCUUUAAAAUGUAUAUCUUGUUUUGCCUCUCAAAUGACUUUGCUUUUCAGUUGAUGUCACAGUGGCCACACAAGCUUUUGGUUAACAUUAAGGCAUUUGUUUAGG